CUCCAUAACAGUGUGACAGAAAAUGUAUAAUCUUUCGGUGCUCGGUAUGCCUAAAAAACUCGAUCCAAUCUCGGAACCUUUAAGCAUCACAAGGGUUCGACUUGCAACUUGACCAUCGAACACAACCCACUGAGUUUCUCGCCAGAUCUUUUCAGUGGGUCUCGACUCCGAUUUGGUGUUCAACGAAGCACUGCCUAUGCCAAGAAUCAUUUACACUAGUCAGUCUUUUCAAUCAGAAACUUUAACAAUCAAAUCCUUUUGCCAUCGAAACCGAGAAUGUCCCAUAAAAAAUUAUGAGCCAUCAAACAAAUGUCAAAACAAAUUCCGUAUUUUUUUGUUUUAAUUUUGGUACCUUUAUUAAACGUAAUAUUUAUUCAAGGCGAGCGGCUAAAUACGAUGAAUUCAAAACGCGUAAUCUUGGUUAACAUUAGAAAUUAAAUAAAAAUAGCUAUUUGUGGUAUUGUUAUUUUGGGUGAACUAUUUUUGUCUGCUCCACAUUCGGUGCAACGAAAUAAAUUUUGACAACCAGGAACAGACUGCAUGCUGGAGUAUAAAUGUAAUGGUGAUGACGUGCGUUGCUGGAAUGGGUGAUACGGUGCUGCGCGAGCGGCUACCGGCUCUCUGGAGGAGAAUAGAGGACGCUCACUACAGCUACCUCGAGACUGACGAAAGUCCAGAGAAAUUGCAGCAGAAGAAGAAACUUGAAGAUUAUAUAAUCGAGUACCUGUCUUUAGUGCCUCAUGAAUGUAAGUUCGGUUUAUCGGAGACGGGAAAAGUCUUCCAGCGGACAAUCAACGAGUUACCUGACUUUAGUGCUUACCGCGCCGGCAUCGGAUGGGCGGCUCUGGCAAGAUACGCGACCAACCUACUCGCUCAGCCUUGGAGGAAGGAAUACAGGUCUAUCAGGUUGUAUUCUGGAUACUACAAACACGAGGUGGAAGCUAAUCUCGUCAGUGCCGAGACGCUUCUCCACGCGAUGGGCUACAAGCCGGCCGGGAGCGGCAGGCUGGUGUUGGAAGAGCCCAUCUGCCCUGACAUGGUAGCUGCGGUGUCUAGGGACGCCCUCAUAGCGCAUUGUGAAUGUCAGAUAAUGUGCCAGAUCUGGGAGGCUGUGUGGAGUAACGGAGUGCGCGCCACAUGGGCGGAGAUCGCUCGGCAGCGUGCGCAGCCCGACACGCAGCACGCCCGCAGCCGCGGAUACGGACACGAUUCAGACAUAUAUUCGAAUGUUCCUGUGACGGCUGCGUCGGAGCCCCCCCACCGCAGUAGAAUGGUCGACCCCCGAUAUCACGACCACUCCCUGCAGCAGUGCGGCUACCUGUGUGAGGAUCCACACGAGGACUUCCCAGUCGUGCCGUACAUGGUGCCCCCAGCAAUGAUGUACCCGUACCAGCACCCGCACGAGGUUCCCGUCACCCUGCCCCAGUGCAGCACAGUCCCCAUGAUGACUCCCUACGGCGUGCCUUAUUACUACCCGGUCCAGGCCCCAUACAUGAUCCCCACGCCCGUAUAUCCCCCCAUAAAACACGCAACGAACGUACCAAUCAAUGGCUACCCUCCAGUCGCACAGUACAAAUAUCCUGCAGUGCCCACGGGACAACUCAUAGAAAUCGAAUCGAACUACGAGAACGGUAAAUUUGAGAGGUAUAGAGACGAAGACAGGCACAAGCGGAGACAGGAAUCUUCUAGGAGGAACAGCACUUCGAAGUCUGGCUUCAGUGACGUCACUCUACCAAGUCUGCCUCGCUCUGACACGCAACCCACGCUAAGCAAAGCGAAAGAAGACGGCAUGGGCACCUACGAGAGCUGGGACUACGUUUUCAGAAAUUUAUCGAGUAAAGACCACGACGAAAGCCGGAGCAGGUUCUCUCCGUCUCUCGAUAGAGACUCCCGGACCUUGGACAGAUUGGACAGGGAAGAGAGGAGAGCUAAAUACCAACCGACUACCCUCGAUUUAGAGGACGGCCUCCAAGCGUUACACCUGGACCGAACUUACGACGAGGAGAUGUACAGGACCGCGAAAGUUAACGAAAAUCUAAUGAGAAUGAAACAGGAACAGGAGUCGAAACGAACGAAGCAACUCGCCAAGAAACAAACGGACGAGAGAAGGACGAGGAAGGCGACCGAGCCUAUCGGUAACCCCGAGGCUGACGCGUUGGUCCCCAACAAGGUCGCCCCGGAUAAAGUCAAGCUGCUGACGAAGAAGGAAAUCAAGGAGAGGAAGGACGUUAUCAAACAGCAGAACAGCGCGAAUGGCCCCGUCCAAAGCACGGCUGAAGUCAAGAAAGUCAGGAAGCCCGCGAAAUUGGUAGCCCAGGAAAUCGACAAACCAAAGGGCAAGACUGCAGAGAACGGCCACCAAAAUACAGCGCACUCUUCGAAAACGAAUGCAUCAUCGAGUCCGCAGAGCUACGAUCUGAAAGCGCAGCUAAUAGUGUCGUUAGAUGAACCGGACCAAGUGAGGAGGUCGCCGCCGGGACAGAACGGCGAGAACCGACCCGCGAGCCGGACGUCGUCAUCGCACGAGAAAGAAAAACCGGCUAAUCAAACGAAAACCGGGAAAUGGGAAUGCGCUACGUGCACGUACUUGAACCGGGACGCGCUCGUGGCGUGCGACAUGUGCGGCAAGUCCAGGAGGGGCCCCCAGAUCGAGCCGCUCACGUCGGGGGGUCGGGAGUGCCCCGCCUGCACGCUCGUCAACCAGCGAGACGCGAGGGUCUGCGACGCCUGCGGGACCAGCCUGGAGCACUGCCCGACGUACAUAUAGGACGAUCUUGUGACGUGUAACUG